UGGAUGAUGAUAAAUGAAAAAGACAGAUUCGUGUCUGCAAGGCAAGAGCCAAAAAUGGCGUUAAUUGUUCCUAGUCUCUCAGAUGACAACCAAGAACUGAUCCUAAGCACCGAAGGUAUAGAACCCAUUAAGAUACCUGCUAAUGCUAAUGUCAGUCAAAGACUGAUAUGUACUACUAUAUGGAACACGGAUAUUUUGGGUUAUGAGUGUGGUAAGGUUGCUGAAGAAUGGCUUUCAAAAAUAUUCCGCUAUCAAGGCUACAAGUUAGUAGUUCAUGAAGACAGCCUUGAAGGUCGCAAAUUGGCUGAUGACCCCAAGUGGAAACCAAAAUCCUUGUACAAAGAUGAGGUGAAUAAUUGUUGAUAUUCAAUAUUAAUCCAAUCAGUUUAAAUCAUUUUGACUCUCCUAGAUAAACACAGCUUUGGUGAGUGUAUGGUCAAUGGCUGUGACUAGUAUAACGCAUAACAUUCGUCUCUAUGCGCUUUACAGGACAACAGAAAAGAAUAAAAACCAGAAUAAAUGGUUGAAAUGGAAAAGAAAAUGAUAGAAAAAAAAACAACACAAAAAGGAAAGUGGAAAGCAAAUAAAACAGGAGAGUGGAGGAAAAAUUAGAGAUUGUCAAAUAAGAAUGAUUUAAGAUGGCGCUUUAAAGAUCAUCAAAUUUACUAGUCUCUUAUUUUUUUUUAUUCAACUUAUAAGGCAAGAACAGAACAGGUGAACAAGCACCUCUACAGAGCCGUCUUACCACCGGAGAAAAAUGAAUAAAUAAAUAAUCAAAUAAAUGUAAAAAAGAUAAGGAUUCAAUUAG